AUGGCAUGCUACAGAAGACGUGGGGGAAAGAGGGCGGGAAAGGGGCUGGGCCGCGGAGUGGGAUGUAGAGAUGUCAGCCUUCUCCACGCGGGGCGGGGGGGAGGGAGGAAGGAAAGGGGGACCCUGAACCCUAACAAGAGUGCACACGGACCGGGCAGCACUCCAGGCCACCCGCACGUCUCUCGUAGGGGACAGAAGACAGCAAAUUCACCCAAUACUCCAAGCCCCUCUCCUCGCGUGCCCUGCAAAGGGCAAGCUGGAUUUGCAGGAAGCUCUGACCCUAGUCUGGGGACAGCACGAGGAGAAAGGCAACGAUGUCCUGUCUUCUACAUCUCAGGGAGCGAGGGGCGAGGGCACUGCGUCCGAGGACACGGCGAGAAAAUGGGCUUGUGCCUUGACACCUCGGAGAGUUGGAAGGUGGGGGACACAAUGUCCUCUUUCUCUCCCACACCCGGCCCGGCCCCUCCCGACCGUCUCCCGCAGGCCCGGCCACAGCAGACCCGCUCGGCCCGCGGGCGUGGUUGGCUUUGGCCCUGGCCACGGCGGCUGCCGGGCCUCCCGAGCUCCCGCCCCUCCCGCCGGCCAGGCCCCCGGGCCGCCGCCCCGGACACAAGCGGAGGAGGAAGGGGGAGCCAGAGGACUGACCGGCGACACGACCCGCCUCAACCCCGGCUCGGCCGACCCGCGCCCCUCGCUCCCUCUGGGGCGGGCUGGGGCUCCCCGCCCCUCACUCACCCCGGGGUCCGGCGCCUCCUCCACCUCCUCCUCCUCCUCCUCCUCCCUCCUCUCGGCCGUGGCUCCGGCUCCGGCUCUGCGCGGCGACGGCAGCAGCGGCGGCCUCGGGAGCGGCUGCGGCGCCUCGAGAACGCGCACGCACGCAGCACGCAGGCCCCGCCCCCAGAUCAGCCCCCGCCCCUCCGAGUUCGCGUCGGCGGAGUUUCGGCCCCGCCUUGUUCGCGGCGUUCCGGAGUCGGCUUAAAGGAGCCGCGCGGGAAGGGAAGGAGACUGGCGGGAGUUACCGUGCUAGACAGAAGCAGAGUGCAGGAUGGGGGCCGAGGGUGA